AUGACCAACGUCUCCAAAAACGCAUACACAAACGAACCCGGCGUCCAUAAAUUCGCGCUCUUCACACCCCUCAACGACACGAAUAACAACACGUUGUGGACGAUUGAACAGUACACAAACCAAUCAUCCUUCGACGCCCAUUUCACAACCAAACCCGUGCAAGAUAUGUUUGCGUGGAUAAACUCCGCUGACAUUUACGUUUCGCCGCCGGAAGUGCAUUCGCUUAAUAUAAGUGCGGCAUCUGAUUUCGCUCGAAAACAAGUAUUAGUAGAGGACAAUCCGUGGUUUGUCAUAUCGCAGAAGACCUAUCAAGAAGGGAAAAGAGCGCUAGGAAUUGAAGCUUGGACGGGGGUCGUCUCGGAAGCCAAGAGGGAAGAGGGGAUGUUGGUUUCGAUGUUUGGGUAUGGUGAGGGGGAAGGGGAGGGAGAUGGUUUGAUUGUGCUGGAGGGGGCGGCUGGGAGGGAUUAUUUUGAGGGUGUGCAUUGGAAGAGUGAGGCGUGGAGGCGGAUGGAGGAGGUGGAGAGGGAGGUCGGGAAGGGGAGUGUGAGUACGGAGGUGAAGUUUGCGGGGGGUUAUUUGCAUAAGUAA